AUGUCUGCUAUUACGCCGAAAGAAUGGAUUUGUCCUGAUUGUACAAUUAGUGUUCUACCAUUUUAUAUGCAUGAAUUACCAUGCUUAUCGGACAAUGACAGUUUACAUCAAGAGCUCAAUGAAAAUAUUAAUACAAUUGACAUUCAUCUUCAAGAACUAGGAAACAAAGAAACGCAGUUGAAAAUCAUGCACAUAAAUACCCAAAGCAUGGUGUCAACUUUCGAUGGGUUGUUGACAACUCUCAGCCAAUACCCGUUUGACAUCAUUACAAUGAGCGAAACAAGGCUCAAAGACAACGACUUGCUACUUCAACACUUAACUAUUCCUGGUUAUUGUCAUACAUUUCACAAUAGAGAUCGUACGAGAGGGGGUGGCGUUGGCGUGUAUUUAAAGGAGUAA